UGAUUUACAUUUAUCCGAAGCCAUUUCUCUCUCACACCAGUUCCUGCUUCUCCUUUCUUGUGAAAACCACACAAGAGUUACCAACAGAUGCAAGUCUAAACCAUUGAAAUUCACUAAACUCCAUUAUUCUAGUUUUUCACCUUGUUAGUGUCAUCUGCAUUUGCUUUAGGAGUUGCUUCACCAAAAGGAAACACCUUCUUCUUGCUUUUCCUUUCCUGAUUGUACAUCAUGAUUUUUCAAGAUUCCCCUCGAUUCUAAAGGGUAGAUUCUUCAGUUUAUGCUCUCACCGAAAGUAGAGUCUUGACUACACUUGAAGGAUUGUUAAUAUCUUGCCCCUUCAAUCAUAGUUGCGUGAGUUCUCUGUUGUUGCUGUUGCUCAUUUUUUUUCCAGUUUCUCGUUCAUCUCGAGUGUAGGGGAAUUUUGUUGUAAGGUAUGGAAUUCGAGACCCCAUAUCCAACUUGUUUUGUGUCAAAUUCAAAUUGGUUUGUUCAAGAGGGUCACUACACAGAAUGGAGUAGAGAAGAGAAUAAGCAGUUUGAAAGUGCCCUUGCCAUAUAUGACAAGGAUACCCCAGACAGAUGGCUGAGGGUUGCGGCCAUGCUCCCGGGAAGAAGUGUCUAUGAUGUGAUAAAACAGUACAGGGAAUUGGAAGAAGAUGUUGGUGAAAUAGAAGCAGGAAGGAUUCCAAUUCCUGGAUAUCUUACCUCUUCUUUCUCAUUGGAGAUGGUUGACAACCAAUGUUAUGAUGCCUGCGGAAAGAAGUCUGCAACAGUCAGGAGUUCUGAUCAGGAGAAGAAGAAAGGGGUCCCUUGGACAGAAGAGGAACACAGACGUUUUUUGAUGGGACUUUUAAAGUAUGGUAAAGGGGACUGGAGAAAUAUUUCUCGCAAAUUUGUGAUCACAAAGACUCCCACUCAAGUGGCAAGCCAUGCUCAAAAGUAUUACAUAAGGCAAAAGCUUUCUGGAGGGAAAUACAAUAAGAGGAGGCCUAGUAUCCAUGACAUCACCAUUGUUAAUCUUACAUCACACCAAGAGAAGUUCAAUGAAUCUCACAUGCCCUCUGAGAAACUGAAGCUGAAUAGCAUGCCAAAAGUGCAGCUUGAAUGGAUAAAUCGCCACAACAAUAUUGGUUCACUUGUGGCUUUCAAUCCAAAUUAUGAUAUGUUGAUGUCACCUUCAUCUGGCAUCGUAUCUCCCAAGACCCUCAAAUUGCAAGGUCUGGAUUUCUAUGAAUGUGCUUUUCAUGAGACUUAUGCCAAGCUUAAAAAUCCGGGUUUCAACAAGGAAGCUAUUUUUGGUAUUCAUGCACUGUCAUGCCCGCUCUGAUCAUGUGAUGAACCACACACCAGUUCUGCUACAUAGAUAAUAUAUAGCCCUGCAUGAAUACAAGUAUAUGAACUAAGGGUACUUGUUUUAUGUUAUGAACAUAAAUAAUGUUUCAUUCCUUGAACUGUUUUGGAGUGAACCCUUUUCAAUGUUUCUUGUCUAUCUCACUCAGACAAUUAAGGUGUCUAUUUGUUUGUAUAGACUCAAUCUGCAUCAAUGUUUAUUGAAUUCCAUUAGAUCACAAGUGUGUAAAAGAUGAAGGUUUUAAAAUGUAAUUUAUUUUGGAAGCUUUUCA